AUGGGAGCGAACAACUCCGCGGAGAGGCCGGAGAACGGCGUGAAUGUCGAAGCCGAAGCCAACAGGGCCGAGAAGGGGAAGGGCCGAGGUCUGUGCUGCUGCUCUUCAGGAGCUGUUGGUGAGACCGAUGCCACAACAGCUGCUGUCAUCCGCCAGGUGGAUGAGAGCAUAGAGACCUUGCCGGUUGAGAACCUGUUGCAUCCUUUCGAGGAACUGGAGAGCAGCAGCAACUGUUCGAGUGAUCUCUCGGAUUGCUUUCCGGAGGAGCCGCUUGCACAGGUCAGGAUAUCCGGUAGGGGCAGCUGGCAUGUAGAAGGUGGGUCUUACACCAGCCGCACAGACCUGGCCAAGUCCCUUGAUGAAGGAGAUGCUGUGCUUGUGCGCGGAUCCUGGCUGGCAGAGCUCGCCCGAGGUCAACGAGGUGUAGUCCUGCCACGACGGCAGCAGCUACCCUCGGAGGCCAUCUGUGAUGCAGCCGAUGUUGCCGGGGGAAUGCCGCUCCUGGCAGUGUCGUACUGCUGGGCGACUGCAGCCCAUGCAGAUCCAGAGGGACAGCAGCUGCGCGUGCUGGGCCGGCUGCUUGAGCUUUGGCUCUCAGCUCCGGACACCGAAGCGCAGUCGCAGAGCCUCCACAGCCCGAGCAUGUGCAGUCAGGACGGAGCUCUUCGAGACGAGGUUGAUGAGCAGGCCGAGGGGCCAUCCUCCUGCUCUGCCCGCAGGAAAGACUGCGCCGUUCUUUUGGACUGGUGCAGCUGUUUCCAGGAGCCUCGAUUUGCAGAUGAAAGGCGCUCCGCCGAACGCUUUCUGCAGCAGGUUGGUCGAUGGUUUGCGCACGAGCACACCAUGGUCUGGAUGCUAACGAACUCGCCCAUCGGAGCAGAGCCCUACAAUCUGCGCGGCUGGCCGACCUUCGAACGAGCGGUCAGCUUGCUGCCGGCUGGCAGUAAGCAGGUCCUGGACAUAGGCCGACUGACCCAGGAGGCACUACGAGCAGCGGACUGGCCUGCCGUCCUGCGCGCUUGCAAAGCCAGGAGACCACCGCCGUUGACGCCCUCUGAGUUUCAUGCGCAACUGCAAAGGAAACACUUCUCCUGGAGCCUCGACCGGGAUCUACUUGGAACACUUUACCAAGAAGCCUACGAGGAUCUAGUCGCCGGCGCCGUUGAGAUGCCUUUGGCGCGUCUGGACUGGGGGGACGAGGAGAUGGGCCAGCUUUACGGCACACUCUCCAGCUGUACCCAGCUGCAGCGCUUGAACCUGGCUCGGAACCGCAUUGGAGACACGGGAGCGGAGAAGCUGGCUGACGCCAUGUUGAGCAGCCCACGGCUCUUGCAGUCGCUGAUCUUCUUGGACCUGUCCGGCAACGAGAUCGGCGACCUGGGCCUUUGCAGCCUGGCUGCGGCGCUCCCGAGCUUGUCCGACAUCCAGUCGCUGGAGCUGGACCGCAAUUUCAUUGGAGACCAGGGUGCCUGCGGCUUGGCCACUGCCCUCCCUCGCACAGGCUUGAGACGGCUCGUCCUUCGUGGGAAUGAAAUCGGUGACGGAGGCGCUGGCGAACUUGCACUCGUAAUGCCACGAUGCAACAGCUUGCAGCUCCUGGAUUUGAGUGAGAACGAGGUCAGCGACGUUGGCGCUGAGCGAUUUGCCGCGGCACUGCCAAAGUGCGACAAGCUGCAGAGGUUUGAUCUUGCACGCAAUCGAGUGGGAGAUCGCGGUGCAUUGAGCCUUGCCGCGGCUUUGCCCAAGUGCAAGCUUGAGGCCUUCGGCCUUGGCGGGCACGAAGUUGGGGAAAUUUUGGGUGGAGGGCGCAUUGGUGAUGGGGGUGCAGGGUUGCUGGCAUCCGCUCUUCUGCGGUGCGAGCGUCUUUGCAGGCUAGAUUUGAGUGAGAAUCAAAUCGGCGAUGGUGGCACAGCACAGUUGGCUGCUGCUAUGCCACAUUGUGGUCAGCUUGCUGAGCUCGACCUCUACCGCAAUUGCAUCGCUGACCGGGGCGUCGGAAGGCUUGCAGAGGCAGUGCCGCAAUGUGGCCAUCUCGACUGGCUUCGUUUGCUCGAGAAUCCCGUCGGUGCCAAAGGCGCACGUCGACUGGCAGAAGCUUGGGAGGCUGCGGGCAAGCCGAAAGGGCGACUGCUGUGUCAACCGGGUGAUAAAAAUGGAGGCGUCGCUGGCUACGCUGGCUGGGCAAGUUGGGGCAGUCCCGUGGUUCCCGGCGAGGGUCCACAAGUUUCGGGACGAGGUAACAAAGAAGCAGCAGCUCCAGUCUCGUCACGCACAUCACUGUGA